AGCUCCCUGGGGCGGUGGAGAUGGUCAUUUUUAUAGCACUGUUAGUUUUACAGCUCUACUCACAUGUCAUAACUUAAAUUGUACAUGUUAAAUGUGCAGUUUAUAGUAUGUCAAUUAUACCUCGAUAAAGCUGUAAAAAAGCUGGUUGAACAAACAGCAGGCCCUCAGUCAAUGCACACGGGAUGGAUGCAGAGAAGGGUUCAGUGUUGGCUUAAGGAAUACAAAGCAGAUGCUCAGUAAAUAUUGGUAGAAUUAAUGUGCAGAAUAAAUUACUGAAUAAAUAUUAGGUGUUCAACAAUUUUAUAACGAGUGACUGACAAGUAUUUAUGGCACGCUCAUCACCUGCCAGGCGCUGUCCUAGGCUCUGGGAACAGAUUAGGGACUAGAACAAAGAUCCGCGCGCUCAUGGAGCUGGACUUCGGGGGGGACGGCAGUCAAUGAGGUGAGUGAGAGGCACGCACGUGGCGCGCUGCACGGGCGUUAAGGAGGGUGCAGCUGAGACGGAGACGGGAACGCCAGGGGAGGGGGCUGACGCGUCUGAGCGGGGCCACCACCUUGAAAGGAUGACGCUUGAGAAAAGACCUAAAGUAAAUGAGCGGACCAGGAGGCAGACGUCCAGGAGAACAAACAGUGACUGUUCCAGAACUGCAGAAGGAGCGGGAGCCGAACGAACCGUCCGCGGGCGGGAGAAGCCACCAGCCCGAGGGCGUCAGCGCGACCCCAGGCCCGCCCGCCCUCGCGGCGCCCACCGGGAGGCGUCCUGCGCGCCCCGCUGCGUCUUCCGCCGUCGGCCCGUGCGUGGGCACGCGCAGAAACCGCUAGGCGGCGUCGGUCUCCCUUCCCACGCGCGGCGGGGCCGGCGGCUGAGGCGAUUCCCGAGUCGCAGCGGCGGCGGCGGUCGGGCAGUGCGGGGAAACCGAAAGUGGGCGGCGGCCACGGCGCUGACCGGGAAGUGGUUCCGGGACCGGCGCGCCGCCCCGCCCGAGCCCGGCUCCUGGAGCUCGCUCGCUGCGCGGUGCGCUCGAUGCGGUCCGUGCGGCGCGGCCUCUCGUUACGGGCGGCCCGCAGACGCUCGAGUCCUCGGGCGCAGGUCCAGCCCUUCCUCCCAGACCGCUGGGCGGCCGGAGAGCGCCAGGCCGGGGCGAAACGUGAAUCCGCGAGUGAGCCGUCUCUUGGCUUUCGCCGGGAUCCCCCCGACAGGCGAAGAUGCUGGACGCAGAUCUGGUUUCAAAAAUCCUACGAGCUGUUCUACAGUCUCAUAAGAACGGAAUAGCAUUGCCCCGGCUCCAAGGAGAGUACAGGUCCUUGACCGGAGACUGGAUCCCCUUCAAGCAGUUGGGCUACCCUACACUAGAAGCGUAUCUGAGAAGCGUGCCCGCAGUUGUCAGGAUAGAGACUAGUAGAUCUGGAGAGAUCACCUGCUAUGCCGUGGCCUGCACGGAAACUGCAAGAAUUGCUCAGCUUGUGGCUCGUCAGAGGAGUUCUAAAAGGAAAACUGGGCGGCAAGUGAAUUGUCAGAUGAGAGUCAAGAAAACCAUGCUGUUUCCUCUGGAAGGAAAACCAAAAGCAACUCUCAGACAACCAGGAUUUUCUUCAGAUCUUUCUAUCAGCAAAAAACCUAAUCCAACACUGUUAAGAGACAAAGGAAACUCUUUUGGAGUCAAGUCUGAUGCUGAAAUGCCGCCCUACACAUUACACACAACUGUUGGAAGCGAAGUAUUCAAAGAUGCUCCAGUGCAGAGGCAUGUGACCAUGUCUGCCAACAACAGGAGUCUGGGUGGUGACCAUUUUGCCUGCCUCCUUCAUGUGUGUGAGCCAGCUGUUCCACAUUUUGGCCUGUUACAGGUGGCCACUGCAAGGUACCCAGGCUGGCAAAUAGCCUACAUUCUGUGGGGCUACCUCAUCAUCCACGUGGUGCAGAGCCUGUGUGGCCUGGCAAUCAUGUAUGGCCUAGUGUUGCCCAUCAUCCACAACCAGGGCCUGGAGAUGCUCCGAGGACUGGGCAUCGGGACCCUCACCAUAUCCACCGUCCUGGGUCUCAUGAUGCUGCAGGUAUGGAUCGCCACCAGGUUCUUCCUGCAACCAAAGAUGGGCACAGCCGACACGCAGAAGCCCUUGGCUCUCAACAACAAGUGUGGGCAGAGAAGGGAACGGGCACUGUAGGGCUUUGGCUUCGGCAGUCUCUCGUUCCUUCCUCUCCACCCGUGGCAGGUUCCUGGGCGGACUCUGCACUCUCUGAGGGGGUGAGGGGCAGUGGUUCAGGAGUGGGCUCUGGGGCCAAACUGCCUGGUUCAAAUCCUGGCUCCACCCUUUAUGAGCUGUGUGACCUCAUGUGACCUUACUAAACAUCUGUGAACCUCAGCUGCCUCAUUUUACACAUAACUGUGCAUACCCCAAGAGGUGUUCAGAGGAUGAAAUGUUAAGAUAUGAACUUAGAACAACAGUGCCUGGCCCAUGGUAAUCCUUUCCAGUUCAUCACUCAUGGAGCAAACACAUGGGCACUGAGGAUAAAGAGAUAUCCCCACAUGACUUCCCUGUGAGCUCCUCACAGUCCACUGGAGCUGACAGACACAGAGCCAUAGGGACGGUAGACUCCAGAGGGUGUGGGAGGAUACUAGAGAAACGCAAGUAAUGGAGGAGAGGCAGGAGUAUUAACUCAGCUGCUGGUGGACAUCUGAGCUGAGCUGAGUAGGUUGGCAGGAUUCCUACAGGUAGAGAUGAGGAGAGGGCAUGGCUGGCAGCUCCCGCUGCAUGGAUACAGGCAGGAAGCCAUGAAAGGCAGGACAUGUUGGGAGCAGAGUGAGAAUCCAAUAUGGUGGCUGUGCAAUGGCCUCAGGUGGUGAGCGUCAGGGAGGAAGCACAAAGUGACAAUGCCAGAAAGCCCCUCUCAGAGAGGGCCUAGAAAUUCAGUAUGCAAAGCUUGGGCUUUAUCCCAUAGGCAACAGGAAACCAUGGGAUCAGGUGGUCAUUUGGGAAGUUUCAUCUGGAGGACCUGGAGCAGUCCCCACUAGGGGCAUGUCACUGUCACAACAGUGCUUUUCCACUGUUACAGCCUCUGCUAUAGCC